AUGAGCUACACCGUCGACGUGCGCGUCAAGACUGGCGUCUUUGGCCGCUGGGUCUCGCGGUGUCUGACACUGGACGGACAGCGCCUUUCGCUACACGACGGCCCCGUUUGUCGCGCUGCGUUCGACGUCAAGAGCGCAACGGCGACACCACUGGCGCCAACGCCAGUCGAUAUAUAUGGGUACCGCCUACGCGUCGAGUUGGCGUCCGGCCAAGUGCUGCACCUGGAAGUGACGAGUGAGUCCUUGCGAGCCAAGCUGGCGAUGGUGCUUUCCAACGCAGCGUCCUGCGCCGAAUACUCACCACCAGCAACCAGCACAUGGAGUCGGCUCUUGAGCGUCGCGAGCUCCAUCCAGCAGCGCGCACUGCCUUCGUCGGUCGCAAGCAGUCAGGUCCAGGUCGCCGACGUCAUUGCACACGUGGCCAGAUUGCGCGCGAUUCGGGCCAGCACAUCUGGCGGUGCGAGCCCGCUGGCCUUGUACGAGCACCUGCUGGCGCUGGAAGCCGACUACGUUGCUCGCCAUCGCGACAAUCCGGCGCCCACGGACUCGUACCCGCACCUCGUGUACCAGCUCGAUACGCUUCAUUUCGCUCUCGGCACUCGGUCGGGAGGUAUGGAUCCGACGUCCAAGGCCUUUCUCGGCGUCUGCGGCUACUGCGCAACCGAACUUGCGCCGCACCAAGUCCACUACCAUUACAUCAAGCGGCACAAGGUCGACUGCCUCAACUGCCGCGAAUCGCUCGCGCCAGGUGUCUACUACAAGAGCCGCUACGACACUGUCGCCUUUGACACGCCGCUCCGCGACAUUCUCAACAAGUGCCCCCACCGCGCUUGCAGGCGACGAUGGUCCCGCGAAGACAUGUACCGCAUCCACCUCCUCGGUGACGCGAUCCGUUGCGCUGGCUGCGGCAGCACGGUAGCCUACGAAACGUACCAGAUCGCCCUCUUUCUCCAGGAGUACCCGCUGCUGCAGUACGACAGCCAGCUCACCGCGAUGGGCUCCUACAUCAGCUACGUGCGCACGCCGAGGUCGCUACCUCGCGACGGCCGCUGGUCCUCGUUUGAUCGCGAAAUGGACGCGCUCAUCCGUGCCAAGCAGGUGACGCUCAAGACGUUUGAAGCCAUGAGCCUCCGCAAUUCCUGGCUGGCGGCGCGGCGCAUGAUCCAGACGCACGCACUCGGCGCGUUUCCGGUCGACCUCGUGCAGGCAAUGGCGCGCGAUGUAGCGUUCAUUGAGGCCAUCGACGUGCAUUUUGAGUAUUGGACGCACCCGGUGGUCGUUACCGCGGCCAUUCGCCGCUACGAGCACUUUAUGGCGCUCCGAAGGCCGCAUCUUUCGCCGACAGUCGACGUGGAGCUCGUCUGGCGCGUGCAUCGGUUGUCGCUCGACAGCUAUGCGAUCUACUCACACGAAGCGAUUAACGACUACUACGAGACGUGUGCCGCCUGGUACAAGGCCUACAAGACACCGUACUCGUCGCAUGUACCCGAUCGCGCGCCAAGCAAGAUGACGCGGCUGUUGGCGCACGGCGACUCGCGCUUCCACGGCGUUGACGAGUUUUUUGCGCCGAGCGAGCUCCAGCAUGCGUCUGCGUUUGUGCACGACACGAGCGGCAACAAGGUCGCUGUGAGUGUCAUUGGAAGUCUCGCGGGCACCGCAAUGCGAGCGACUUGGUUCCGAGACCCCGCGACCAACGAAGCAGGUGACUCAUAG